AAACGUUCUUCACUGUGCUUCCCAGUGGUCUUUUUCAUCAUGAGGUUCGGCGAGCACCUUCAAUCGUCGAUGAUUAGGGAAUAUCAUCCCUUCUACAUCGCAUACGACCAACUUAAGGAAGCUCUCAAGACCGACUAUGUCACCCAGCCCACCCCAGAUACUGCUAAGCCACCUCGCCGGGAAUGGACCGAGGACGAUGAGAAGAAUUUCGUGACGCUGCUGGAGAGCGAGCUGGAGAAGGUCUACCUCUUCCAAAAGCGCAAGAGCGAGGAAAUUGUCGAGCGAAUUAAGGUUUCUGAGUUCGAGGUCGCCGAUGUUGUUGAGCGGCUUGAUAACUCGGGCAAUCGCCGCCCGAGCGUCAUUCGCCCGCCCCGACCGCCGCCCACUGACGAUGACUUUUUGUUGCUGGAGCAGAUCCUCAGUGAUAUCAUCGCUGAUGUUCAUGACCUGGCCAAGUUCACCCAGCUUAAUUACACCGGUUUCCAAAAGAUCAUUAAAAAGCAUGACAAAGAAACCAAAUGGUAUUUGCGACCAGUCUUUGCGGCACGCUUGAAUGCCAAACCGUUCUUCAAGGACAACUAUGAUGCGUUUGUUGUGAAACUGUCCAAGCUUUAUGAUUUGGUCCGUACCAAGGGUAACCCCGUUAAGGGUGACUCGUCAGCCGGUGGCACCCAACAGAACUUCGUGCGACAGACCACCAAGUACUGGGUGCACCGUGACAAUAUCACGGAGCUGAAGCUGGUCGUUCUGAAGCACUUGCCGGUCUUGGUCUUUAACGCUUCCAAGGAGUUCGAGGAGAAGGACACCGCUAUCUCUUCCAUCUACUAUGACAACACUGAUACCUGGGAGCUGUACCAAGGGCGACUAAAGAAGACCGAAGGAGCGGAGGCUAUUCGUCUGCGUUGGUACGGAGGUAUGGAAAGCGACCAGAUCUUUGUGGAGCGGAAGACCCAUCGCGAGGAUUGGACUGGUGAGAAGUCCGUCAAGGCGAGAUUUUCACUUAAGGAGAAGAAUGUCAAUGCGUUCUUGGACGGACGAAUGACAGUCGAAGAGGUCUUUGACAAGAUGCGUAAAGAAGGCAAGAAGAGUCAAGAAGAGAUCGACGAUCUCGAGCAGUUGGCCCGGGAAAUUCAGUACCGCGUUAUCACUCGCCGCCUAGUCCCUGUCACACGUACCUUCUACCACCGUACAGCCUUCCAGCUGCCUGGUGAUGCUCGUGUGCGUAUCUCUCUGGACACUGAGCUCACUAUGAUUCGUGAGGAUAACCUGGACGGCCGGCCUCGAGCUGGCAGCAACUGGCGCCGCAUGGAUAUUGGAGUGGACUUCCCCUUCUCUCAGCUGCCCCCAGAGGAUAUUGACCGUUUCCCCUAUGCCGUACUGGAGGUGAAGCUGCAGACUCAGGCUGGCCAGGAGCCGCCUCAAUGGAUUCGGGAUUUGACCGCCAGUCAUCUGGUAGAGGCUGUCCCCAAGUUCUCUAAAUUUAUUCACGGCACCGCCACCCUUUUCCCCACCCGCAUCAAUCUUCUGCCCUUCUGGUACCCCCAGAUGGACGUCGACAUCCGCAAGCCUGCCAACCAGCGCUACGGUAUCCAACGACCCCUAGCCAGCACAUCCAUGUCCGCGAAUGACGAGGAUUCGGAUGAUGACUCACCUGACACUCCUGACGCCCCAGUUAACGGGUUCUCCCGGUCAGGCGACGACCGCCUUCUGUUUGUCGAGACUAACGGCAACGAGUUGGACAUUGAGGAGCGUAUUGCUGCGCAGCCGCUGGCCGGAGAGGAGGAUUACCCACUCUACGAUUCUGAUGAUGAAGCAUAUGAUGAAAAUGAGCUCGAAGAGGCCCGUCGCAUCGGAGGUGCCUAUUAUGCCGAGCAAUUAGUCAUACAUUAUCUUCGCAAGACGGGGCAAUAUGCAUGGGCAGGAUUAAUGGCCGUCAUCCCGCGUCCACGACCAACCUCGAUGCCUCCGCAAGAGCAGCGUGGUAUUGCAGUCCUGCAGGGUACCCGCCGGACCAUGCAGCGGUUCCAGGCACCACCUGGCAAACGCAUUUUUGUCCCUGUUCGUGUUGAGCCGAAAGUCUACUUUGCCGCUGAGCGCACUUUCCUGUCUUGGCUCGAGUUUUCGAUCAUUCUCGGUGGUAUCGCUGCCACUCUGUUGAACUUUGGCUUCGACUAUAUCACCCUUGCCUCGUCCUGGGCCUUCACCAUCCUGGCAGCUGUCGCCUUGGUCUACAGUCUCGUUCUUUACUUGUGGCGUGUGGACAAGAUUCGCAAGCGCCGCGAUGUCAAGCGCGUGUACUACGAGCGUUGGGGCCCGACUAUUCUCAGUCUUGGUCUUGUUGCUAUCGUUAUGACUAACUUCGGAUUCCGCCUUCGCGCCGGCGGCUUCUUGGCUGGAGAUGGUGAAAAGCCCCGUCACGGGGAGCUGUAA